AUGGGCCUUUCCAAAAGCAAACGCAAACUGGCGAAAGAUGAGGAGUCGAAGACCCGGCGCAGUUACAUAGUCCCAAAGGCUGAGGAAAGGCGGGUGGACAGACCUUCACAAGAGUCCAAGAAGCCUCCAGACACCAAGCUUGCGGAGAGCUUCCGUGAGGAGAAAGGGGCGGCUAAGCGGCAGUGGCCCUCAUCUCAAUGGGGAGAGAAACCUGAUGUAAAUCCAGAAAAGAAGAAGUUUGCCCUCCCACAGAUCAUCAUCACCACACCCUCAAAAGAGACUGUGAUCAGCUAUGGCUCCACGGGCAUGCAGGAGCAGAGAACCAUUCGGGAACGGGCUGAGCAGGGCCCCUACUCCCGACACAGAAACCCCAGCACAGUAGACGCCUAUAGCAUACAGACCACAGAAUAAACAGGCACCCCAGCAGCCGUGGUCUCUCCCUGUGCAGUGUCUCGGUGGUGAUGGCAGAAGGGCCAUCCCAUCCUGUGGAGACCUGCGGGUGCCCCUUCAAUCAGCAAGGUUCCCCCAACUCUUUAAGACUGGCAGGCGGCUUGGCAGAGGGCAAGAGCGACUCUGGCUCCGAGAGUGAAUGUGGGGUGAUCAUGAGAUUAGCCCUGCUGGAACUGGCUGUCUGAACAUCUCGAUGGAGAGGUAGCAGGCAGCAUCUCUUACAGUUCUGAAUUGCACGCAUCCUGUUCAGGACCAAAGGGGCAUGGCACAAGCACCCAGCAGUGGGAGUAAAGGAGGUGUACCCACCCCUGAACCAAAGGUGGGACUCUGAGGUGUCAGGACCCAGAACAGAGAAGGGCUCUUAGAUUGAGUACCACGUGAUGUGGAGAAUGUGGACGCAGCCCCAGCACUUGGAACGCUGGCUCUGUCAGAGCCACCC